AAAUUAAUUUGGCCAUGGUGAAAUGUUAAGUGCAGAAAUGCCUGAACUCUCUUUAGAAGUUACCUGCCAUGUCCCCUCUGCUAGAAGCCAGUGUCUCCACAGCCUUGCUGAAGCCUGUUUCAGUUAAUCUAACUUUGUGCAAGUGGAUAUGAGGAGUAUUUACACUCCAGUUUUGCUGUAGCUACCUCCUGAGUAGCUCUAUUACACUUUCUUUUUCUUUUGCUACUUGUACUCUUGUGCCAUGUAUAAUAGGAAAUAUAUUGCACAAAACCUUUUAAAUUUCUUUUGCAAGUAGUCAGAGAGGAGUACGGUGGACUUUAUUUCCAGUCAAAUUAUUAAAGGUAACUAUAGUUAGCUUAAUGCAUUCUAUCAUUUUUGCAUUUGAGUUUUUCUGUAAUCAGUUUUGGAGACGCUUAAAUCCCUUCACUGCUUUGCCUAAACCUUUAUAUUCAGAAGGAGAAAGCUGCCUCUCUCUUGGAAGAAGUGCUUUGUUUUUCUCACAGUAUUCCAUUGAAAAGUUACAGACUGUCAGAAAAGGUUUAAAUGCCUAUCUCUUUUUUCUUAAUGACAAAGUCUCAGAAGAUUAUUCCAACUAUGCAAUCCAAUCUGUCAAAUUUUUGAGUCCAAACCAUUCCCCAAUCAAUAUUAACAGGACGUAUUGUUAAGAGGGAAAAUCUAGGGGUUUCUACAUGUAGUAGAAAAAAUGAUGUGGAACAUUUAAUGUAAGCCAAGCUCAUCUUUCUUUCCCUAACUACUCCUUUGAACCCCACUUUUACCAUGGAGAUCCUGCAAAGUAUGGUGUUGCCAACACUUUCAACAAUACAUCAUGAAGAAUUUUACAGUAGUAAGUAAUGUUCUCUUAAAACAUAAAUGAAGCAUAGGAAAAUCAGAAGAUGAAUAGUUUCCAAUGAACCUUAAGCCUGUUUCUUUAAAAUAAUUAAAUAUUUAUCAUUACUUUGUAUGAUAAAACACACCCUAACUAUGUGGACUUCUGGCAGUAGUUUUCUCAGUGGGGUGGGUGCUCUGAAUCCAAUAUUUUCACCUGCUUUUUCACAGUAUCUGAGGAUAAUUUCUGCCUACCUGCUUUUGGAUUUGAUACUUAGUUAGGAUGUCAGGAAAUCUGAGGGACCCAAUUUAUCAAUGAAUGCACUUUUUUAGUUGAAUAUAGCCUUAGGUGGCUAAUUUUAGAAAGGAUCAGAAUGCCUUUGGAGGCAGCUGUCUUGCUGACUCCUGAUGUAUUCAAAGGCAGAUUGAAAUGUUGUACCAUCCUUUCUUCUGGAUGAGCUUGCUCACUCUUAAGGAACUUCAGUCCUUCCUCCCCUUCUUAUUGUUACUGAUUUUUUUCAAAUGUUGGUGUCAAAAAUCCAUCUGGACAGAACCAAAUGCUGUUAUUUACAUCUAUUGUGGCUUUUAUCCUUUUUUUAAAAGAAAUACUUGAACCUAUGAUAACAGUUUAAUAACUUUUUUUUUCCAGUAAAAUGUUUGCUACUAGAAAGCAGACACUUUUUUCUCCUUCUAGGGCCCCCUUCUGGAGCUUUUUUUUUUUUUAAUAAAAGGUAAGUAGGCAUGGUCAAGCAAUACUUGUGGUUUACCAUGUUUCAUAUCAGAGCGAAGAGCUCAGCUUGGGCUGUUUCACAGGCAGAGCUCAUGAAGAGAGGUUUCCAUUUUCAUUCGAAUAUAAACGGAUAACCAGACAUGAUUCUUUCUACCUGUAAAAGUCAUAAUGGAAAUAUUCUACAUUAUCAAAUUAAACAAAACCCCUUGGGACAGUAUAAUGUAGCAGAAAAAUAUCUUUUUUCAUCUGUUCCUGAGCUCAUUGAGUAUCAUCAACAAAAUGCUGCAGGUCUUAUCACAUGUCUUCGAUAUCCAGUUGGAUCAGAUGGAUGUUCUUCACCAGCAACAGCAGAACUGAAUUAUGAGGAGUGAGGAUUAAACUCAUCUGAACUAAUGUUCAUUAAAGAACUUGGGCGUGGGCAGUUUGGUGUUGUUUAUCUCGGUAAAUGCAGAGCAACAAUCAAGGUUGCCAUCAAAACAAUCAAUGAAGAUGCAAUGUCUGAAGAUGAUUUUAUGGAGGAGGUCAAACUGAUGAUGAAACUCACCCACCCAAAGCUGGUCCAGCUUUACGGAGUGUGCACACAUCACAAGCCUCUCUACGUUGUGCCUGAAUUCAUGGAAAGUGGCUGCCUGCUCCAUUACCUUCAGCAAAGGCAGGGGAAACUUGGCAGAGAAGUGCUGCUGAGCAUGUGCCAGGAUGUGUGUGAAGGGAUGGAAUAUCUGGAAAGAAAUAGCUGUAUUCACCGUGAUUUGGCUGCAAGAAACUGUUUAGUUAAUGCAGAGCACAUUGUUAAAGUAUCCAACUUCGGCAUGGUGAGGUACAUCAUUGAUGACGAAUAUAUCAGCUCUUCAGGUGCCAAGUUUCCAGUCAAAUGGUCAUCUCCUGAAGUCUUUUAUUUCAAAAAAUACAGCAGCAAGUCAGAUGUCUGGUCAUUUGGUGUAUUGAUGUGGGAGGGCAAAAUGCCCUUUGAAAAUAAGUCCAAUUCUGAAGUUGUCCAUGAGAUUUCUCAAGGUAACCAACUUUAUCGACCACAUUUGGCAUCACAUACUGCGUACAAAGUCAUAUACAGCUGCUGGCACGAGAAACCUGAAGGACGUCCUACUUUUGCAGAGUUAAUACUGACCCUCACAGAUUUAACAGAGAUGAGAUAA